AGGGUAUUGAAACCCUCGUUAUAGGGAACAGGUGAUUGGACAUUUACGCUUUAAAUUAGCAAACGUGCAAUGCAAGCGCUUAAAACACCACGAGGCAUUAUUUAUAUUCCUUUGAGCCCUCGUGCAUAGAAUGGCGCGUUGGAAAAACAGAGGAACUCUGUUUGUAAUCUUAAUUGUGCUUACAUUCAGCAUUUCAAUAGAAUGCAAACAAUUGCUAAAUUUAUCUGAAACAGAAACAACUAGUGAUGAAGGGGAAAAUAGUUUACUUAAUACAUUUAUGUCAGAUCAAGGAGAACAUAAGCAGGUACCCAAGUUAGAAUACCUUGAUGAUGACAACACUGUCUCUGAACUUCAGAAGAACUCCGUUAUUAAAGGGAAAGUAUUCAGUUCUUCAAAAGAAGCUUGGGAUGCCAUAUCUCCAAAGCUGAUGUGUGGUGAUGAUCUCAUGAAGUUGCAGCUCAGUGGUCCAGGUGCAGACCAAGUUGAGCUUUGUCGACGUAAUGCAGCACCUGUUCUUCUUAAUCGUUUGCCCCCUCACUGUGGACAUACUACGGCCACUUCUGGAGGCCUCGAUUAUGCUACACCUUAUGAUGGUUGUGGCGUUGCACAACAGAAAGGAAACUUUGUCAUUAGGAUGCUGUGGCAGGGGAACCCUGUGGUCAUCCAUUGCCCCUUGACUGCUGCAGAUACAUUCAUGCCAGCUUCUCCAUCUCUAACCGAAAAGCCACAAAAUCCCUUCUUUGGGCAAUAUCCUGGGUUCCCUGAUCUAUUUUACCCUCAUCACCAUCAUGGCAGGCCAGAACCCAUAGUGAAACCUGUCCCAACCACCGCACCGACAGUUGCUCAUGAUCCCACCCAGAAACCGCAGUAUCCUUGGUACCCCAAUAUGUUUUGGCCAUACUAUUACCACCAUCAUGGCAGGCCAAAUCCCACACAGAAACCUGUCUCUACCACCACACCGACAGUUGCCCAUGAUCCCACCCAGAAACCGCAGUAUCCUUGGUACCCAAAUAUGUUUUGGCCAUACUAUUACCACCAUCAUGGCAGGCCGAGGCCCACACAGAAACCUGUCUUGACCACCACACCGACAGUUGCCCAUGAUCCCACCCAGAAACCGCAGUAUCCUUGGUACCCCAAUAUGUUUUGGCCAUACUAUUACCACAAUCAUGGCUGGCCGAGGCCCACACAGAAACCUGUCCCAACCACUGUACCCACAGUUGCCCAAGAUCCCACCCAAAAACCGCAGGUUCCAUGGUACCCCGAUGUGUUUUGGCCAUACUACUACCAUCACCCCCAUCAUGGCUGGCCGAAGCCCACACAGAAACCUCUCCCGACCACUGCACCCACAGUUGCCCAUGAUCCCACCCAGAAACCCCAGGUUCCUUGGGACCCCAAUGUGUUUUGGCCAUAUUACUACUACUACUACUACCACCACCAUGGCAGACCAAAGCCCACAGAGAGACCUGUCCCGACCACCACACCGAAAGUGGCCCACGAUCCCAACCAGCGACCACAGGUUCCUUGGGACCCCAGUGUGUUUUGGCCAUAUUACUUCUAUCAAUAUCAAAUGCAACCACCCACCACCUCACCUAUAACCACCACUCCUCAACCCUGCACAACAACUGCAGCUAGUGAAUGCAGCCCCAUAGUCAAUGAACUCCAUGAAAACCCCAUUGCACUUAAUUAUGUAGACCACUUAGAAUACGAUCCCCAAGCUUUCCCAUUUAAAUUUUAACAUGCAGUGGCUGAGAACAGUUUUGCUGUAGUAGGUUAGUAACACAUUGGGGUUUGAUAAUGACUGCUCUGUGGUUCAUGCAAAUUUUUACAUUUUUCUUUUCUGUGCUAAAGGAAGGCCAUCAAGGACCUCCAAUCAAAUUUGUUACUCCACUUUAGUUUGAUUCUGUUAAUGCUUAAUCCUUUCAAUAAAUCCAUUAUGGCCAAAUGCUUUG